AUGACUUCUCGUGAAACAAUUGUUUUAGUCCUAAUGGUUACAAUUUCCUUACUUGUACCAUCCCUCCUCUGUUUAAUAUGUAUAGCGUGUCGAUUGCAUCUCGACGCCAUUCGCCGGCGUCGGCUCCAGGUUCUCGAGGCAACAUCUACGUUGCCUCGGGAAUCAUCCGUGAUAGUAACUCUACCUACUUCAGGCCUUGAUGAUUGUACGAUUCAAUCGUACCAAAAGGUAGUCCUUGGUGAAAGUCUACGACUUCCCGGGCUUAACGCACUAACUUGCCCAAUAUGCCUAGUUGAGUACAGUGCUGGAGACUCAAUCAGACUCAUACCUAUGUGCCAACACUGUUUCCAUGUCCAGUGUGUUGAUGAGUGGUUGAAGAUGAAGUCUACCUGCCCCGUUUGCCGGAAUUCUCCGCCUGAUCAUCGCGAAAACGAAAAGCUUGACCAAUUGUAG